UAUCUCAAAAUGAUUGACAGCAAAACUCAAACUUAAUCUUUAAUAUUCGACCUUGCAAACUCAACCAUUUUCCAUUGAUGAAUAAUUAUUGUAUUAAUAACUUCGUCGUACUACUAAUACAAAAGUAAAUGGCAGCUUCGAAAUUUUAUCCAAAAACCCAACCCCACUCUACACGUGCCUUCAAUGUCAACUAAAUGAUUACUUUUUUUUAACAAACAGUCCUAACCGUCCCUACAUCAUCCGUGGCACAAAACCUCCACGUCGGCCUUCAGUAACGUAAGAAAUCGACAAAGGAAAACAAUAUUCAACGUUUCAUCCAAUCCCAACGGUCAAACCCUCUGUCCAAAACCAGAAUCACAACUCUACAAUCGCCAAAGUUGUUCGACAUUUAAACGCUCCUGUCUCUCUCUCUCUCUAGAAACCCCACUAGCAGCUGGCAAGAGUUAAAAAAAACAGUACUACUUGCGUUUUGCCUACAGGAAACAAAAAAGGGUUCUGGGUUUUUUUGGUUCUUAGAAAGAAAGUUGAUUGCUGAUUUUGGAAGUAUCACUGCCUUGAAGGGUUCCAAUUUAGAGCAAAGAAAAGAGUUUUUAUUUUUUCUUUUUGAAAGCUGUGGUUUGUUGCUGAUUCUUUGAAGCAUAUUCUGGGUUGGAAUUCUGAGAGAAAGAGAAAGAGAAGUUUGAGGAUUAAGCCACAAUGGAUUGUUUUCUUGAGAAAAAAGGGACAAGUUUUUGAAGUACCUGAAUCUUAAAGCCUCACACAGAAGAUACUGGUGAAAUGGUACAGAGCUGUGAAUUUCAAGGAAAGUCAAAGCAAUUUGAGAUUUAGUGAUCAUUUUGAUCAAAAUUCAUAUCUGAAUCAUGGGAGAAGGCACAGGAAAUGGGGUUUUGGCUGAGAGUCAGUCCGCUGACGACUGGUUAUCGCAUGCACAAGAGCUUGUUCCCAUGGCACUUGAUAAGGCAAGGGGGGUGAAGGGGUUCCCUGGAAGGUGGAAGAUGAUAAUUUCCAAAUUGGAGCAGAUCCCUUCACGCUUAUCAGACUUGUCCAGCCACCCUUUCUUUUCCAAAAAUGCUCUUUGUGGGGAGCAAUUGCAGGCUGUGUCAAAGACAUUGAAGGAAGCAAUUGAAUUGGCAGAAUUAUGUCUAAAGGAGAAGUAUGAGGGGAAGCUUAAGAUGCAGAGUGAUCUUGAUUCAUUAUCAGGGAAAUUGGAUUUGAAUUUACGGGAUUGUGGACUUCUGAUCAAGACUGGUGUACUUGGUGAAGCCACUUUGUCUUUAUCUUUUGUUGGCUCUUCAUCAGAAUCAGAGACUGCUACACAUGGCCAUCUAAAGGAAUUGCUUGCAAGGCUUCAGAUUGGGCACUUGGAAGCAAAGCACAAAGCUCUGGACAGCCUUGUUGAGGUCAUGAAGGAAGAUGAAAAGAGUGUAUUGUCGGUUAUGGGACGGAGCAACGUUGCUGCUUUAGUCCAGUUGUUAACCGCAACUUCUCCUCAUAUCCGGGAAAAGGCUGCGACUGUUAUCUGCUCACUUGCAGAAUCUGGGAGUUGUGAGAGCUGGCUUGUUUCGGAUGGUGUAUUGCCACCUCUCAUAAGGCUUCUUGAAUCUGGCAGCAUAGUUGGUAAAGAGAAAGCAACAAUUUCGCUGCAGAGAUUAUCAAUGACUGCACAAACAGCCCGAGCAAUUGUUGGGCAUGGUGGGGUUCGACCAUUAAUCGAAAUCUGCAAGACUGGAGAUUCUGUUUCACAGGCUGCCGCUGCUAGUACGUUAAAAAAUAUAUCAGCCGUCCCCGAGGUUCGACAAAUACUAGCAGAGGAAGGAAUUAUAAAGGUCAUGAUCAAUCUCCUUGAUCGUGGAAUUUUGUUGGGUUCCAAAGAAUAUGCUGCGGAGUGCUUGCAGAAUCUCACAGCCAGCAAUGGGAAUCUGAGAAGGUCUGUUAUAUCAGAAGGUGGAAUUAGAAGACUAUUGUUAUACCUUGAUGGUCCUUUGCCCCAAGAAUCUGCAGUUGGAGCCUUGAGGAAUUUGGUUGGCUCAGUUUCCAUGGAAGUUCUGACAUCACUUGGUUUCCUCCCUCGAUUAGUUCAUGUGCUUAAAUCUGGAUCGCUGGGUGCACAACAAGCUGCUGCAUCAGCUCUCUGUCGAGUCUGCAGUUCAAGAGAAAUGAAAAAGCUGGUGGGUGAAGCUGGGUGCAUCGCUCUUCUUAUCAGAAUGCUUGAGGCUAAAUCAAACAGUGCUAGAGAGGUAGCUGCUCAAGGCCUUUCAAGCUUGGUAACUGUCUCUCAGAAUUGCAGAGAAGUCAAAAAGGAUGAUAAAAGUGUGCCGUAUCUGGUCCAAUUGCUUGAUCCAAGUCCCCAAAAUACUGCAAAAAAGUAUGCAGUUUCCUGCCUUGCAUCUCUCUCAUCAAGUAAGAAAUGCAAGAAGCUUAUGAUCUCAUAUGGAGCAAUUGGGUAUCUCAAGAAGCUUUCAGAGAUGGAAAUCCCUGGUGCCAAGAAGCUCCUUGAGAGGUUGGAAAGAGGAAAGUUUAGAAGUUUGUGCAGCCGGAAGUAGGGGAAGAAAUGAAACUCUUUCCUUUUGUAUAAUGAAAUUUUCCUUUUAGGUUCCCUCUUCUUCCCCUCCCUCUUCCUUGCAUGACCUAUGUUUCAUUGUCUGUAUGAAACAAAGUAGUUACUGAUAUGAAACCAAGGCGCUCAAGCGCUCCUAAUCGAUGCUAUCAAUGUUUUAUAUUUAUCAUAAGAUAACUGUAAUAUUCCUGAGUUUCUGUCUCAUCUAUCUCUCGGAUCUUUGCAAUCAUAGAUCAUAAAUUUCUUGAUGUUUUUGUGAGAGUUUUAGAUUCUUCUUUCUUUUUUGUUGUUCUGGAGAUCCUAUAAUUAGGAAGGAUAUGUAAAAAUCUCCUUUUCAUGACCUUGGUGGAAUGGCAUACUUAUGAUAUCAUUAAUCGGACAGUCGCGUAUGGUCCACGUAUAUUUUGUGGUUUAUAAUGCAUUAUUUUUAGACUCCCCUACUGUUGCUUAUAACUCAAGGCAAGCUUUUUACGACUUGGUUCCAUCCGAGUUUCUUGUUUUUGAGACAGCUCUUACUUUCCACUUUUUCAUGACCAAAAUACCUUGUCAUCCGUGGUCUCUCUGUGUAGGGAUUGAAGCUGAAAAAAUGUUAACAGAUUUGCAGGAUUUUGCCCAGUUUGGUUAAACAUGCUUGAGACUAUGGGGGAU